AUGAGUAAAUGGUCUUUAGAAUCCGUCGCCUUUGUAGGAUUGGGAGCACGCCUGGAAAGCCUCAAAGAGAAUUUGACACCUAAACACCCAGCAAGUAUAUUAACACAAUGUGCCAAAGAUAUUGGUCUACUAUCGAUUCAAUUAGAAUUCUUACCAAACCCUUGGAAGUAUAUUGCUACAUCUGCGUAUAAGAAGCUUAUACAAGCAUAUGAUACACAGUUGGAGUUAUGUACAAUGUAUAUAGAACAGGCUAAAAGCCAAAUAAACAAAAGAGGAUACGAUAUUCCUGAAGAAGAUAAAAGCAUAGUUGAGAAACUUGUAGCUAUUGAUGAGAGAGUUGCUAUAAUGAUGGCAGUUGAAAUGCUUCUAGCUGGAGUAGAUACGGUGUCUUUUACCGUAACGGGCCUUAUUUAUCAUUUGGCGAAUAAUCCAGACAAACAGGAAAGGUUACGUCAAGAGAUCCGUUCAGACAAUCCUCGCAAACGAUAUCUGAGAGCUUGCGUAAAAGAAGCUCUAAGAAUCUGGCAUGUUAUCCCACCGAACUUGAGAAAAACCGAUAGGGAUCAUGUUGUCGGCGGCUAUCACAUUCCUCCAGGAGUUGUUAUCAUAGCACCAAAUGAAUUUUUAUCAAGAAUAGAAAAGUAUUAUCCGCGGCCGAACGAGUUUAUACCGGAGAGAUGGUUGGCAGAUAAAACAGAUCCAUUGUACUACGGGAACGCACACCCUAUGGCCACAUUGCCGUUCGGGUUUGGUAUCAGGAGUUGUAUUGGCAGAAGGCUUGCUGAACUAGAGAUUGAGAUACUAAUGAAGAAGUUGAUCGACGAGUUUAAAGUUACUUGGGAGGGACCACCGAUUCUGAACAUAAAUAUGAGCACAUUUGUCAGCCUGCCAUAUGAGGCUAAAUUUGAAGUUCUUCAGUAA